AGAUUAUGCUGACAGCCGUCGCCGUACUCAACGACAAACUUACGCAUUUGUAGUCGGAUAGUUUCCAUUUUUAAUGAGAGCUGUAGUGUAAAUAAACUGUAAUUAGUAUUACACCCCUCUGACGUGACAUAAGGUGUGAACUAUUUGAAAACAUUUUCACGUGUGUGUAAUGUAAACGAUAAACUGUUGCGUGAGCUACGAAUUGAGUUGCGAGUACGAAAUGCAGCAGUGUUUUGGUGGAACUUCAUCUAUUGGGAGUUGUUAUAUACUUCGUUUUGAAAAAACUGUGCGAUUUCUUAAGAAAGUACUCUGUAUGCCAUCUAUUUAUAUGUGUUGUGCGUAGUUGUCGUGUAAAAUAUCCAUGAAGACGUACAGUCGAAGAAAACCAAUAAAAUUGAAAGACCUAAUUGGUAUUUGCCGACUUUGUUUAUCCAGCGAUGGUGACAGGCGUUGUAUUUUUAUGGACGAUGAAGAUAUUCCGCUGUCAGUGAAAAUAAUGGCAUGUGCGUCAGUGCAGGCAAACUACACUGUCCAAGCACUGGAAUUUCCUGUCUGAUGUAAGUAGUGAGGUGCUUGUUAGAUUCAGAAAGGCAUGGUGAGCCUAGCUGUUUUUACGUGGCAUGAUUAAGCAAAGUGACUGAGGCACCUGUGUCUAACUGAAAGUUCUCACGGCAGCCAGCAAUUCAUAAUCAGACAAAUAGUUUGGACAUCGUUGCACAUCACUAAGGUAUCUGAAGGAGAUGGAAUGCCAUCAGAAGUAUGUUACAAUUGCAUGCACCAACUGGAAAGCUCAUACAGAUUCAGACAGAAGUGUGAAGAAGCAGAUACUAAGCUUAGGAAACUACUGAGAGCUGCCAAAGAUGCGGAAACAAAUCAACAAGAAUUUCAUGAAACUGACUUCGUCAGUGUCAAGAGCAACCUUUUUAACCUUCAAAUUAUGGCAACAGAAACAACAGAAAAAUCGACCACAUUAUUUGUCUGCGGCUCUCCAAAUCACAGUAAUUCUGAGUUGAUUUCUUCGGAUAUAUUUCCUAUUAAUAAAAGCCUCUGUCCAACAUUGUCAGAUUCCACAACAAUAGAUUGUAAAUCAAGUUCUAACCCAGUCUGUGAUUUGAGUGAUUUGCUUAUUCCAAAUGUACAUAAAUCAUUGUGUAAUUCAUCACAGGUAGAUACUACUACAUCAGAAUGCGAAUUAGAAGCUGGUGAAAAACAACAAUCGGAUGACAGUUUGAAGGAAAUGGAAAAUUUGUCUUGUAGCGAAGUUCAUUCUGUUGUGGCAAGCACAGGUGAUAUCCAUUCUCAGGUAAAGAGUGAAAAAAAUACUCAAAAUUCAUUACAACUACCUGAAAAUUGUCAGAAUUCAAAUCCUUCAUAUACAGGAAAUCAGCCAUUCAUAUUUUCUCCAACACUGAAAAAUGAAGAAAUUACAGCAGAACGUUUGGACGGCAGCAAAGCACAUCUUGACAUGAAGGAGUUGGGAAAUGUGAACUGUGGUUCAUCUGGAGUGGUUCAGUGCAGGACUGUUUCUGAUUACAAACUGAUUUUCAAAUGUGAUAAAUGUCCCAAGAGGUUCAGCAAGAGACUAGACCUGAAGCGACACACUUCUGUUCACAAUCAGCAAAGAGGAUUUGUCUGUGGAAUAUGUGAAAAAUGGUGCCCUAAUCAAACAAAUUUCAAGCGACACGAGAGAACACAUACUGGUGAACGGCCAUUUUCCUGUAAAUACUGUUCAAAGAGUUUUUCACAGACUGCUAUCCUUAACCGGCAUAUGAUGAUUCAUACUGGUGAAAAACCAUUCCAGUGCAACGCAUGUGGAAAGAAAUUUACUCAAAAAGAAAGUCUUAAAGUACAUUCAAGGCAACAUUUGUCUGGAAAUGAUAUCACGACCUUUCAGUACAAAUGUCCAUUUUGUGAAAAAUCUUUCCGCCACCAGUCUGGCCUUUCAAGACAUUUGAUGUCUCACACAGGAAAAACAUUUAGUUGUAACCUUUGUCCAAAAACAUUUACAGACCAAUCAUCUUUGAAAAGACACCUUAAACGACAUUUUGAAAUAAAAUCUUGAUGAAGCUUAAA